AUGGCUGGCCUAUCUUCUUCGCACGAAACACUCAUCAUUGUCCUGACUACAACUAUCCCGUCUAUCCUUCUUAUCGCCUUGGCCGUCUUUGUAUAUCACCGAAUUCGAAUACGCAGAGCUCGGUUUCGCAACAGGGGGAUCACGCCAAUUGACGACGAGGAGAUUGAAUCUUGGAAAAUUGAUCGGACGCGGAGUGUUGACGCCGAGGAGAAGCUUCCCGGUACACCGAAAUCAGCUAUCAGCGAGCUAAGACCGGCUCACCAAUCUCACCAUACAAAUACGUCCCUUGGUUCUGUAAAGUCAUCCAGUGUUAUUGUCUAUCAAAGCCGAGUCUCCGAAGAACAACUCCCGUUUUCCCCCGUCCACACAAAGCAGAGCAUCGAUAUCCCGCCAACACCAGUUCUUGCGCGAGCGCCAAACUCUCGACCAGGCCUGACAGACGAAACAGUCCGGGGAGACAAUGCUUACGUCAAUAUCAAGCGAACUCCCUCGACGCGCCUGACCAAGACCAAUCCUCCUCGUCAUGCACGGACGAAAAGCGCUCGCAGUACGCGAAGCAGUUUCGGUGCCAAUACCAGACGGGAGCAAUGGUACAGCCAGACUCCAGAGCAGAACUCCCCUCGACAAUCUGCCGACAUAUAUUCCAAAUCCACGCCGGCAUCCCGCAGAGCGACUAUUUCGACUCCUACCACUCGACAGGGCUUUCGGGAUGACGAGGUGCCCUUGACUGGCUUGACACCACGACCACCGGUGGUGCACAGUUCUGAUAUUGGGCGUGCUAUAGGAUGA